GCGCCCUCCCGACAGGCGCCGCGGGAAGGAGGGAGAAAAAAGGGAGGAGAAACAGCAGCAGGAGGAGGAGGAGGAGGGAUCCUGGCAAGUUCGGUGUGGUACCAAGUCCAGGCGGGCUGCAGGGCUCGGACGGGCGAUGGAUAAGGAUGAGAUCCACCUGCGCAGGCUGCCGGCCGCCGCGCCUUGGGGACCGCACGGAGACAGUGAGUUUCAUGGGGUGGAUUUUCUGCCAGAAGAUCUCAGCGAGGUUCCAGAGGAGACAGGAAUGAGGGUGAACAAGAAAUACUCCUGCCUACCUGCUGAGGAGAAGGGGAUCCACAUCAUCAACAUCCAAGCUAUUGAGGACAUCGGAUAUGACCAGCACGAGAGCACACUAUUAAAUUCCCUGUCCAAAAAUCCGGAUGCUGACUGCAAAUACGGGCUCUACUUCAGAGACGGCAAGAGGAAAGUAGACUACAUCCUUGUUUAUCACUACAAGAAGUCCUCAGCAGGGAAGACACUCGCCAGGAGAGCUCAGCAGAAUGACUCAAGUGUCCGAAGCACCAAGCAGGACCAGCCGCUUCCCGGGAAGGGAGUGCAGCUGGAAAUGGGGGAAAGUGAACCUCACAUGGAUUACCAUGAGGACGACAAGAGGUUUCGCAGGGAGGAGUAUGAAGGGAACCUCGUGGAGGCUGGUCUGGAACUGGAACGUGAUGAGGAUACUAAAAUCCAUGGGAUUGGAUUUGUGAAAAUACACGCACCGUGGAAUGUAUUGUGUCGGGAGGCAGAAUUUCUUAAGCUCAAGAUGCCCACAAAGAAGAUGUAUCAGAUCAACCAGACCCACGGUCUUCUGAAAAAGAUUAAUUCUGUCAUUCAAAAAAUAACAGAGCCCAUCCAGCCCAAAGUGGCAGAACACAAACCUCAGACGGUGAAGCGCCUCUCCUACCCCUUCUCCAGAGAGAAGCAGCACUUAUUUGAUUUGUCUGACAAGGAUUCCUUUUUUGACAGCAAAACAAGAAGCACUAUAGUCUAUGAAAUAUUGAAAAGAACAACAUGUACCAAAGCAAAAUAUAGCAUGGGGAAAGGAGAGGGAAGAAAGAAGGAAACUACCCUUUUAAAUAAAAGACGAAAAUGUGGUAAAUAUGGGAUCACCAGUCUGCUUGCCAACGGAGUUUACAGUGCUGCAUAUCCCCUGCAUGAUGGUGACUAUGAAGGUGAAAACGUGGAACCCAAUGACAGAAAACUCCUGUGUGAGGAGUGGGCGAGCUACGGGGUGUUUUAUAAAUACCAGCCAAUCGACCUGGUGAGAAAAUACUUUGGAGAGAAGAUUGGGCUAUAUUUUGCCUGGCUGGGAGUUUAUACACAAAUGCUCAUUCCAGCUUCCAUUGUCGGGAUUAUCGUUUUCCUCUAUGGCUGUGCCACUGUGGAUGAGAACAUACCCAGUAUGGAAAUGUGUGACCAGAGGAACAACAUCACCAUGUGCCCCCUGUGUGACAGAACGUGCAGCUACUGGAAGAUGAGCUCUGCCUGUGCGACUGCCCGUGCGAGUCAUCUGUUUGAUAACCCUGCAACUGUCUUCUUCUCAGUCUUCAUGGCUCUCUGGGCUGCCACCUUUAUGGAACACUGGAAGAGAAAACAGAUGCGUCUCAACUACAGGUGGGACCUGACUGGGUUUGAAGAGGAGGAGGAGGCAGUCAAGGAUCAUCCAAGAGCAGAGUACGAAGCUAAAGUUUUGGAAAAGUCACUGAGAAAAGAACACAAACAUAAAGAGCAUGUCACAUUGGUUCCAGAGGUGCCAAAAACCGACAAGAACUUCGAAGAGAGGCUGAUUUUCAAGGCUUUCCUGCUGAAAUUUGUCAACGCCUACACCCCGAUUUUCUACGUCGCCUUCUUCAAAGGCCGAUUUGUCGGACGUCCAGGCGACUACGUCUACAUUUUCCAUUCUUUCCGGAUGGAAGAGUGUGCUCCGGGCGGUUGCCUGAUGGAGUUGUGCAUCCAGCUCAGUAUUAUCAUGCUGGGCAAGCAGCUGAUUCAGAACAAUUUGUUUGAGAUUGGCAUCCCAAAAAUGAAGAAAUUUAUCCGAUACUUGAAAUUAAAGCGUCGGCGCUCUCUGGACCAUGAAGAGCACAUGAAAAAAAAGCAGCGUUAUGAAGUGGACUAUAACCUGGAGCCUUUUGCUGGGCUCACCCCUGAAUACAUGGAAAUGAUUAUCCAGUUUGGGUUUGUGACUUUGUUCGUUGCGUCCUUCCCUCUGGCACCUUUGUUUGCUUUACUGAACAACAUCAUUGAAAUCCGUCUGGAUGCCAAAAAGUUUGUUACUGAGCUGAGGAGACCGGUAGCAGUGAGAGCAAAGGAUAUAGGAAUCUGGUAUAACAUCCUCAGAGGGAUUGGAAAGCUUGCUGUCAUCAUAAACGCAUUUGUGAUCUCAUUCACAUCCGACUUCAUUCCACGCCUCGUGUACCUGUACAUGUACAGUGAGAAUGGCACCAUGCAUGGCUUCGUCAACCAUACACUAUCCUCUUUUAAUGUCAGCGAUUUCCAAGCAGGAACAGCUCCCAACGACCCCCUGGAUCUUGGCUACGAGGUCCAGAUAUGCAGAUACAAAGAUUAUCGAGAACCCCCCUGGUCUGAAAACAAAUAUGACAUUUCAAAGGAUUUCUGGGCUGUCCUAGCAGCAAGAUUAGCCUUUGUGAUAGUUUUCCAGAACUUGGUCAUGUUUAUGAGUGACUUUGUGGACUGGAUUAUCCCAGACAUUCCCAAGGACAUUAGUCAGCAGAUCCACAAAGAGAAGGUUCUCAUGGUGGAGGUCUUCAUGAGGGAGGAGCAAGGGAAGCUGCACAUGCUCGAAACCUGGAAAGACAAGGACAAGAGAAAAGGUGAAAACUGUAACAAUCACAGCCCCAGACUCUCCAGGAGCCACAGUGGGAGCUUGUCCUCCUGCCAUUCCUAUCCUCUGGAUGUGUAGAGGAGGAGGGAGCUGAGUAUGUCGGGGCAUUCCACAAAGACACAGAGGGCAGGACUCGAGUAAUGGACAACCUGGUGCAUGUUGGAGGAUGUGCUGCCAUUUCGCUCCCAUCUUUGUGAGAAAUGCCCUUCUUGCAGACAUGGAGGACCACAUUCUAUUUCUGGUAACGUUCUUUUUCUUUUGCACAAGCAGUAAAUGCAGGGAAUUUUUAUAUUUCAUCAUUAGAUAACACUCUCGACGUUGGCGUGCAUUAAUAAAUGCAGGUACUUAGUACAUCUUGCUAGAGAUAUUCUCUGAGAAUUUGACCUUAGCCUAUUAAUAAAUGGAUGAAGUAAAAGGUAAAUUUUAAAUAAUAAUAAUAAUAACAAAAUAUUUUUGGAAACCCAGGUUUGAAGGUCCAUGGGGUAACUUGACAAAUUAUAUGCAAAAUCAGCUCUAGAGUGGAGAGAACCCACGUAAAGCCUCCCAGACUGACUCGCUUUCCAAGACUGGGUUUAGCUCUGUGCCUGAAACAAGCAGAGCUUCAGUGUCACACCAGGUGUUUAGGGCACUUGUGGCAACUUGCUGUGCAUCCAAGACCUUCAGAACCGUCAGGAAAGGGAAUCUGGAAAGUAUUUUUUUUUUUUUGCCACUGAGCGACUGAUGCGGAUGGAGCUACCCCGGUGCCCCAGGCUGCAGUUCCCAACAGCUCCCUCCCCUCGUGGCCAGGCAGCAGCAGCAGCACAAUUUUGGGAUCCUCCCGGCAGGGAGAUGAUCACAGAGCAUUUUGGGAAAUGCCCUGAACUAACGAGCACACGUGGAGCUCCAGUGACUCACACUGCCCUGCCCAGUACUCGGACACUGUUGUUGCUGAGGAAAAUCCCCUUUUCCCUGUUGUUUUAGCACAUCCCCUUUCCCGGCCAGGUUUUCCCCUGUAGCCCUGUGUCCUCUGCAGGAGAAGGGAGGCUCUGCAGCCCAGUUUCUCCCACAGAUUUUUCUGCUGUUGAAUGGCAUUUCCCAGAGGCUGUGCCAGAGGAGUUAAACCCAAAACGUGUCCCACUCACUGUCUUCAGUGGAAGUUUUGCCUGCACUGGGGCUACAGGACCAGUCCUUCAGUUAGUUACAGGACUCUUCUUUUGUCUUAAAAUACUCUUAUCUUUUGUACAAGGAGCUUCCCUAAAGUAUAAGUGUAAAAUCCUUACCUACCAUGCCUAGUUAAACCCCAUCAGUACAACUCUUUUUAAGCAUAAUACAUUUUAGUUUUGCUUUGUCUACCGAUAAAACUGCACUUCCAAAUAAUACUGGUGCAAUUAACCUAAUUUCUUUUAUUGCUUUGUCUUGUCCAUGGCACUUGCAUUGCAAAUAUAAAACUGAAAAAAGAAAAUAAAAAGGAAAGAUUUCUUUAGAGUCUAACUACUGUAUGGUUUGUUAAAAAACCAAAAGUCAAAAGGCUGUUUUCAAGAGAAGUUGGUUAUUUCUUUUUUCCUUUUCCUUUUUUUUUUUGCCAAACUAAUUUAAAGAUUAAUGCUAGAACUUUAAAAAAAAAUUGCCAUAUUUAGCUUUUGAUAUAUUUAUUUGUUUUAAAGUAUGUGAUAAACUUGAUAUUUUUCUGUAGUCUGUCCAAAGAAGGUACCAGAAGAGAAAUUAUGUGGAAGAAAGAAAACGGUAUUAACCAAAUAUUCUUGAAGCUUAUUUAAAAUAUUGAUCCAACCAAAGAUUUUUAUUAAUAAAGGGCUUAUAUUUUGUUAACUCUUGUUUCUGUUGUAUUUUGACUUGCAGGAAUGUCACUAUUUUUAAAAUUUGUAACUUAUGAUAGUGUGUUACUGGAGGGCCAAAUCCUGCCUGAUUUAUUCCCACGUUAAGUGUUAUUCCUGGUAGUGAGUGUUUUACCAGAUCAGGCCCACUGACUGCAAAAGGACUGUGAGUGGGAAUAAUUCAAGCAGAAUUCUGUCCACACAUCUUGUUGAAAACAUGUUCUUCCUCUCAUUCCUUGGUAGCCCAAAAGAUCCAGGAGAAAGACAAACCUGAACUACCUGUUCUGAAGAGAAAUCUUAGGGAACGUCCUUGAAGGGGGAUUUAAUCUGUAAAUACUCACCUGAAAGUAUUCCCAACUUAAUACUGACAUUCCUGUAAA